AACUUUAUAGAUGAUUUACGGCUGUACGUGAAAGGAGGAACUGGUGGCAUGGGUUACCCUCGCCUGGGUGGGGAAGGAGGGAGAGGUGGUGACGUCUGGUUCGUGGCCCGAGAAAGAACCACCUUGAAAAGCAUAAAGGAAAGAUAUCCCCAGAAGCGGUUUGUGGCUGGAGCAGGAGCCAACAGCAGUGUUAGAGCACUGAAAGGUGAAAAAGGGAAAGACUGUGAAGUUCACGUGCCUCUGGGAAUUUCAGUUCUUUGUGAUGAUGGCAAGCAAAUUGGAGAGCUUAAUGCACCGGGAGAGAGAUUCUUGGCAGCUCGCGGAGGUCUCGGAGGCUCUUUGGUCUCAAACUUCAUGCCUUGCAAAGGUCAGAAGCGAGUUGUUCGUCUUGAUUUGAAACUUAUAGCAGAUGUUGGCUUAGUUGGAUUUCCAAAUGCAGGAAAAUCAUCCUUGUUAAGCAAGAUUUCGCAUGCCAAGCCUCAGAUUGCAGAUUAUGCAUUUACAACAGUACAGCCCGAACUAGGAAAGAUCAUGUAUGCAGAUUAUAAACAGAUUUCAGUAGCUGAUCUCCCAGGACUGAUUGAAGGUGCACAUGCAAACAAAGGGAUGGGCCACAAAUUUCUCAAACAUGUGGAAAGAACCAAACAGCUUCUUUUAGUUGUCGAUAUUUCUGGGUUUCAGCUGUCCAUGAAGACUCAAUUCAGAACAGCCUUUGAAACUAUAUUGCUUCUGACAAAAGAACUGGAGCUGUACAAUGAGGAACUCCUAACAAAGCCUGUGCUUCUUGCCAUUAAUAAAAUGGAUUUGCCUUGUGCAAAGGAUAACCUGAGUGAACUUACAAAACAGCUACAGAAUCCUCAAGACUUUUUACACUUACUACAGGAAGAAAUUAUUCCUGCAAAUACGCUUGAAUUCAAAGAUAUAAUUCCUAUGUCUACAUAUACUGGAGAAGGAAUUGAGGAACUAAAAUCAUGUAUAAGAAAAUCCAUAGAUGAGGAAGCAGAGCAGAAGAACGAAGAGUAUCGGAAAAAGAAACUACUACUUUUACAAACUUCAAAAGAAGAACAGAUGAACAGAAGCUAGCAUUCUUGGCUGGAUCCAGCACA